UCGUUGCACCAGUGAAUUGCAUUUCGUGUUGUCAUCCCACACUGAAGUCUCUCUCUCGCUCUCUCUCUCUCACUUUGCGUGUGUGUGUGCGUGUGUGUGUGUGUGCGUGCGCGCAUGGGGAGUGUGUUUGUGAGGCUCAGAGAAUCGCGUGCGAAGCGCUGGCCUGUCAUUCAGAGGAAUCCGCCACCUGAAACACAAGGAAGUGCACGAGACCAAAAUCGGGGGCGCGAGAUCAUGAUUCCACCUGGGGAUUGCAUGUAUGCCAGCAGGAAGAGACGGAAGCCGGUUCAGAAACAGAAACCGGCAGCAGCGAACCAGAAGUCCAACCCCUCCAAGCGGCACCGCGACCGGCUGAACACGGAGCUGGACCGCCUGGCCAGCCUGCUCCCCUUCCCCCCCGACGUCAUCUCCAAGCUGGACAAGCUGUCCGUGCUGAGGCUCAGCGUCAGCUACCUCCGGGUCAAGAGCUUCUUCCAAGCCGUUCAGGAGAAACCCUCCCAGAAGCUCAUAGGUUCUUCAGAAUCCCACAGCGUCGGAGGUCAUGCCCUCCCGGCUGGAUUUGGGGCUCUGGAAAGUGAACUCUUACUGGAGUCCCUGGCGGGCUUUGCUCUGGUGGUGAGCACCGACGGGGUCAUCUUUUACGCUUCCUCCACCAUCGUUGACUACUUGGGCUUCCACCAGACUGACGUGAUGCACCAGAAUGUCUUUGAUUACAUCCAUGUGGACGACCGCCAGGAGUUCCAGCGACAGCUCCACUGGGCCAUGAACCCCGCCCAGCUCGGGGCGGGGCCCGACCUCCUCUCCGCGGCGGGACAGGGAGAGGAUGUUUUGGUCAGCAGUCUCUUCAGCUCUCAGGAGACGGACGGCGUUCCCCCCGAGCUUUCGCCUUUUCUCACACGCUGCUUCAUCUCCCGCGCGCGCUGUCUGCUCGACAGCACGUCCGGCUUCCUGACCAUGCAGUUUCAGGGGCGCCUGAAGUUCCUCCAGGGUCAGAAGAGGAGGACGGUCACGGGUGCGAUUCUGCCCCCCCAGCUGGCCCUCUUCUGCGUGGCGGUGCCCCUCCUGCUGCCGCCCGCCGGCGAGGUGAAGAUGAAGGGCGCGAUGAUGAGGAGCAAGCACAGGGGCAGCGCGGUCUCCGCGCUGGAGCUCGGUGAUAAGAGGUAUCUGGGUGCGGGACGGCUGGGGGAGGAUGGGGACGCCCUGCUCCUGGGCUGUCCCAGCACCAUGUCCCGGCAGCAGCUCUACCCGUCCCCCUGGGCGCCCCUUUCCAAAGAGGGCGUCCGGUUUCGGGGCGACGAGCUCUACCCCCAGGAGGAGCCCUUGAACUUCUGCAAGUCCUCUGCCAACGGGCCGAGGGGGGGCCCGAGCCAGGAGAGCCCGUGGGCGGGGCGGGGCGCCCUGGGGGCGGGGAGGCCCGGGCACGCCGGCGUCCCGCACAGGGCGGGACACUACGGCAAGCCUCCCGGUUGCCACGGCGACGGGAGCGACGCCUGCCUGGCCAAGCUGUACGGCGGCCCGCAGGCCGCGGGGGUGUCGGGUUGCCGCGGCGACGGCGGCGUGAAGGCGGAGAACGGGUUCGAGUGCGGGUACGACGGGCGGGGCGGGGCCACGGUGAAGACGGAGCGCGACUCUGAUUCGGAGAACGGCUGCGACCUCUACGGGGCGGGGCCCCACGCCGGCCCGUGGGGGCGCAAGGCGGGCGCCGAGCGGCGCUACGGGACGGGGUACGCCGAGGGCCCCCCCGCUGAAGACGGAGGCGGGCUACUGCGAGCUCUACUCCCCCUGCCACCGGGGCAAACCGGCCCUCAGCCCCACCUUCGCCCAAAGCCUGGGCCUGGGGGGCGGCCGGCCCCUCAAGUGCGUCCUGAACAGAGACCUGUCCCUGUUCGGCCCCCAGCGGCCCCCGCAGGCCGACGCCCAGUGCGCGGGCCAGGCCGGCGGCUGCGUGGACGCCCAGCUGUACGGGGGCGGGGCCCCGGACCCCAAGGCCUUCCUGCAGCAGGACUACAAGCUGACCUACGAGUUCCGGAGCCACAGCCUGGCCCAGUCCAUCAAGCAGGAGCCUCUGGACUCGCCCACCUGGUCUGACGGCGGCCAGGACGUUAGCCACGCCCCCUUACUGCGCAGCCUCAUGCCCAACUGCGUCAUGAGCGCGGUGGGGAACAAGUCUCUCCCUUACGGC